UGGAGCGGGCAGGUCGGGCAGGAAUCUGAAAUCACGUACGGGCAGUCCGCCCCAUUCUUUCGCCAACUUCUUCGGAAAGGCGAUAAACCAUAUUUUCCCUCGAAAAUCAACCCCAAUUCCUUCCAACGUAAUUACUACAAUAAUCAUUUCCCUCUAAAUCGAUUCGGUACGCGGGAAUUUCUCAUCACUGCUUGAAAUUCCUCCGACUAUCUUCCCGCGACUGCGAUAGGCUAUCCCCGAUUUUGAUUAGACCACAUGGAGAUCGACGAGAUAUUGGGGGAAUCGAAGCUGGCCAAGAUUCCCACCAAGAGUGUGAUAUACGUUUGGGGCUACAAUCAGUCUGGGCAAACUGGCCGGUCGGGCAAAGAAGGGAAUUUGCGGAUUCCGAGGCAGCUGCCGAUGGAUCUCUUCGGCUGCCCGGCCGCCGGCGGAAACUCGCGGUGGCUCGAUAUUGCUUGCGGCCGCGAGCACACCGCCAGCAUCGCAUCCGACGGCUCGCUUUUCACGUGGGGGGCCAAUGAAUAUGGGCAGCUUGGAGAUGGAACUGAAAGGGGGAGGAAAUACCCGAAGAAAGUGAAGCAUUUGCAGUCUGAAUUUGCAAUCUCUGUAUCCUGUGGGGCACAUUGCACUGCAGCCAUUGCUGAACCGCGUGAAAAUGAUGGUUCUAUGUCAACAAGGAGACUGUGGGUCUGGGGGCAGAAUCAGGGUUCUAAUUCACCACGUCUAUUUUGGGGAGCCUUCACACCAGACACAGUUGUUCGCCAAGUUUCUUGUGGUGCUGUUCACGUGGUUGCUCUGUCAGAAGAUGGCAUGCUACAAGCAUGGGGCUAUAAUGAAUAUGGUCAGCUCGGCAGAGGUAUUACCAGUGAAGGACUUCAGGGGGCUCGUCUAAUUAAAGGCUAUGCUAGGUUCCUUGAUGAAGCCCCCGAGCUUGUAAAGAUUAUCCAGGUUUCAUGUGGGGAGUACCACACUGCAGCUAUAUCGGACACUGGCGAGGUCUACACUUGGGGACUUGGGAGCAUGGGUCAACUCGGGCACUGUUCACUUCAGUGUGGUGAUAAGGAACUGUUGCCUCGACGUGUAGUUGCUCUUGAUGGGAUAGUUAUCAAGGAUGUAGCCUGUGGAGGCGUGCACACAUGUGCAUUGACUGACAAAGGAGCUUUGUAUGCUUGGGGUGGAGGUCAGGCCGGUCAGUUAGGCAUUGGACCUCUUGCCGGAUUGUUUUCUUGCAAGCCUAAUGGAUCCGACAUGAUGCUCCGCAACUUGCCCGUCUUGCUGAUCCCAUUCGGUGUUCGACUCGUCUGUUGUGGCCAUUCCCACACACUCAUUUGCAACAACGAAGGGAGAAUAUACGGAUGGGGUUACAAUAACUAUGGACAGGCCGCUAAUGAGAAGUCCACGUACGCAUGGUACCCUUCUCCAGUUGACUGGUGUGUUGGGGAGGUUAGGAAGUUAGCAGCCGGAGGUGGCCAUUCAGCAGUACUCACCGAUGCAUUUUCUUUGAAGGAGCUGUGUGAAUUUGCACUUGCGAACAAUGUAAAUCAGUCGAACGCGUCAUUGAUUGAGGAUGUUGCCUCGAGAACUGGUUCGGAUGCUCUAGCCCGCUUGUGUGAAAGACUGAGGGAGCAUUUUCCAAAUGAUGGAGUUUGCCAUAAUGAGAGAUAAUGUUGUGACAGCGUAGUUAGUGAAUUGUGGGUGCAGCAAUUCUAUUUUUAGUUGUAGGUUUUAAGGUAUGUUUGGUGGGUAAAGACUAGGAAACAUUGGUACUUAUAUUGUUGUCUGUAAAUGUUGUAACAAGCAUCAGCUUGACAUUCGAUACUCUUCAACUGUAUUACUAUGAUUUAUCAUUUGCCUUACUGUUAUCUAAUAAAUGUAGCAUUUGGAUUAAUAUAAAUAUUUUGUGGAUGCUUUUCUGAA